UCAAACUUUUGCAUAUCAACUACCAAAGACAUAACAUACAGAACACACUAAAAAAUGGCACAGAUUAACAACAUGACACAAGGGAUACAAACCCUUCAUCCCAAUUCCAAUAUUCAUAAACCCCAACUCCCCACAUUUUCACCUUCUCUUUCUUUUGGAUCUAAAAAUCUGAAAAAUUCAUCAAAAUCUACAUGGGUCUUGAAAAAAGAUUCAGUUUUGACAACAAAGUCUUCUUCUUUUAGGAUUUCAGCAUCAUCAAUGGCUACAACCUCUGAUGUUGUGUUGCAACCCAUUAAAGAAAUAUCAGGCACUGUUAAAUUACCUGGCUCUAAAUCAUUAUCCAAUCGCAUUCUCCUUCUUGCUGCACUAUCUGAAGGAACCACUGUGGUUGACAAUUUGCUAAGUAGUGAUGAUAUUCAUUACAUGCUUGGUGCCUUAAAAACACUUGGACUGAAAGUAGAAGAAGACAGUGCAAACCAACGAGCUGUUGUUGAAGGUUGUGGUGGGCUGUUCCCUGUUGGUAAAGACUCCAACGAAGAAAUUCAACUUUUCCUUGGAAAUGCAGGAACUGCUAUGCGGCCACUAACAGCAGCAGUUGCUGUAGCUGGUGGAAAUUCAAGGUAUGUACUUGAUGGAGUUCCUCGAAUGAGAGAACGACCGAUUGGUGAUUUGGUUGAUGGUCUGAAGCAGCUUGGUGCAGAGGUUGAUUGUUUCCUCGGUACGAAAUGUCCUCCUGUUCGAAUCGUCAGCAAGGGAGGUCUUCCGGGAGGGAAGGUGAAGCUGUCUGGAUCCAUUAGCAGCCAAUACUUGACUGCUCUGGUUAUGGCUGCUCCACUGGCUUUAGGAGAUGUCGAGAUUGAAAUCAUUGACAAACUUAUAUCUGUACCUUAUGUCGAAAUGACAUUAAAGUUGAUGGAACGAUUUGGUAUUUUGGUGGAGCACAGCAGUAGCUGGGACAGGUUCUUCGUCCGAGGAGGUCAGAAAUACAAGUCUCCUGGAAAAGCUUAUGUGGAAGGUGAUGCUUCAAGUGCUAGUUACUUCUUGGCCGGUGCGGCUGUCACAGGUGGAACCAUAACUGUUGAAGGUUGUGGGACAAACAGUUUACAGGGGGAUGUGAAAUUUGCUGAGGUUCUUGAGAAAAUGGGAGCAGAAGUUACGUGGACAGAGAAUAGCGUCACAGUCAAAGGACCACCAAGGAAUUCUUCUGGAAGGAAGCAUUUGCGUGCCAUUGAUGUGAACAUGAAUAAAAUGCCUGAUGUUGCCAUGACACUUGCUGUAGUUGCACUUUUUGCUGAUGGUCCCACUGCUAUAAGAGACGUUGCCAGUUGGAGAGUCAAGGAAACUGAGCGCAUGAUCGCCAUAUGCACAGAACUUAGGAAGUUGGGAGCAACAGUUGAAGAAGGACCUGACUACUGCAUAAUCAGUCCACCGGAGAAAUUAAAUGUGACCGAUAUUGAUACAUACGACGAUCACAGAAUGGCCAUGGCUUUUUCUCUUGCUGCUUGUGCAGAUGUUCCGGUCACCAUCAACGACCCUGGCUGCACGCGGAAGACCUUCCCGAACUACUUUGAUGUCCUUCAGCAGUACUCCAAGCAUUGAAACCGCUUCCUUAUGUUGCAGAGUGUAAGUAAGAACAUGUGAAAUUAUUUAGAUCAUGUACAAGACAGGUUAUAACUGGUAUCUGAUGGGCGUAUUUGCCAUGUGAUGAUGUUCUGUGUAUUUGUUCAAGUUGAGCUCCUUUUUGUCUUUGAAGGAAUGUAUACUGUAAUAGAGUUAAGAAUUCCUAGUAUGGGCUAGCGCGAAGAGUACUAGUACUAUUUUCUUAUUUUAUUGAUUGAAUUUUGUGAA